AUGCCUAUCACCGUCCCCCAAGCCACCCAUCUCAAGGACCUCUUCUCCCUCAAGGGGAAGGUGGUGAUUGUCACGGGAGCGUCCGGCCCGACCGGCAUCGGCACUGAGGCUGCCCGAGGCUGCGCAGAAAUGGGCGCCGACGUGGCCAUCACGUACGCGUCUCGACCCCAGGGCGGCGAGAAGAACGCCAAAGAGCUGGCGGACAACUUCGGCGUCAAGGCCAAGGCGUACAAGUGCAACGUGGGCGACUACGCCGACGUCGAGAAGCUCGUCAAGGACGUCGUCGCCGACUUUGGCAAGGUCGACGUGUUUAUCGCCAACGCCGGCCGCACCGCCGACGCCGGUGUCCUCGACGCCCCCGUCAGCCAGUGGAACGAGGUCAUCCAGACCGACUUGACGGGCGUGUACAACUGCGCACGUGCCGUGGGCUUGCAUUUCCGUGACCGCAAGACGGGCAGCUUCAUCAUCACUGCCAGUAUGAGCGGUCAUAUUGCCAACUUCCCUCAGGAACAGACAUCCUACAACGUAGCCAAAGCAGGUUGUAUCCACUUGGCUCGCUCCCUCGCCAACGAAUGGCGUGACUUUGCUCGCGUCAACUCCAUCUCGCCAGGCUACAUCGACACCGGUCUCUCGGAUUUCGUUCCCCAGGACGUCCAGCAGCUCUGGCACAGCAUGAUCCCCAUGGGCCGAGACGGCAAGGCCACCGAGCUCAAGGGCGCCUAUGUCUACCUUGCUAGCGACGCGAGUUCCUACACCACCGGUUCAGACAUUCUCAUAGACGGCGGCUACUGCGCAAGGUAA